ACUUGGGCAGAGAUAAGGUUUGAACUUAAAAUGACAUUUUGAUCUCCAUAAUUCUUUAGAUAUUUUAAAAUGGCGUCACUGUCUACAGUUUGCUCAAUUUUCUGUGUAAUUGUAAUAUAUUCAGCUCUGUCUGAACAAGCAAGCCUGUCAAGAAGAUACUCUCCUAACUUUGAAGACGGGCAAACGAUUUCCACUCUCAAUUCUCAUGACGUCAGAGAGGCUUCUGGUAUAUGCGCAAGUCGCAUUCAUCCGAACAUUUUGUAUACACACAACGAUUCUGGUGAUCAUAGUCACAGUAUAUAUGCCAUUGACGUCACCUCCGGCCGUCAAGUAGCAAAAAUUACAAUAAAUCACGCCGUAAAUAAAGACUGGGAGGAUAUUGCAUGCGGACCAUGUCCUGGUAACCAUGGUGAUUAUUGCAUCUAUAUUGCCGACACAGGAGGAAAUGUCCAUGACGCCGCCAAUAUCAUCUACAGGAUAAAAGAACCAGAAACUUUGAACUCUCAUUUCACUGUGGACCUAGAUUCUUCAUUGAAAUUUAGAUGGAGCGAGCAAAAUUGUGAGACUGUUAUGGUGGACCCCCUUGCUGAAUUGUAUGUAGUAUCCAAGGUCCAUGGCGGAAAGGGGAAAAUGGUCAAACUGCCAUCGAGUGCUUGGGGUUCCUCCCAUACCGCAUCGGUGAGCGGCGGUAUACACCUUAAUGGCAUACACAGCAGUCGGAACGACCCGGUGGCAGGAGAUAUAUCACCAACAGGUUAUGAGGUAUUGAUCAAAACUCUUGGCGCUGUAAACUAUUACUAUGUUCCUGACGGUGACUAUUUGAAGCACAUGUCUGGUACCCCGGAACAUCUACCAUACCACCACGAAAUGCAGGGAGAAAGUAUUGCAUGGGACCCGAAUGUUCGAGGAUAUUAUACACUUGGAGAGGGAACCAGUCAACCAAUUUAUUUCUACAAACGCGUGCCUCACACAUCUCUAGUUGGAAAAUGAUAAAAAUAUAGAUAUUAUUAAAGCGAUGGUAUGUUCAUGAUAUGAGAAAAUAAAUUAAAACAUGAAAAUGAG